AUGACUUCUAUAAAUGUGAGGUGUUGGGCCCCACUAAGGUCCGCCUUAGCCGCCCUCCCCCUCCUCCUUCUCCUCCUGGCCCUGAGCAACCUACACCAACCCCCACCUGCUAAUGUGUCGAGGUUCAAGGUCCGUGAAACCUACCACCAGAACAGCAAACAAGUCACCCAGCAGGUAGGAUCUCAGGACUGUCCCCUGGUUGCAUGCCAGACAGGGAUCCGGGUGACUGUCGACAUCCAGUCAGUAUACAAUGGUGGCCGACCCUAUGCCUGUUUUGCUUACGACCAAGAGGACCCAGACAGGUCUUUGCUGGCUGCCGUCCCACUCACGACUUCUCCAAGAACCCAAGGGAAAGGUGAAUGUCAGCCUCCCGUGGCUGGCAUUCCCCUUUGGGAACCUGAAACUCCAGAGCCCACCCUGCCCCCACGGAUAUGCUACCAGACCAGUAAUCCGGUAAUCGGAGGGAGAAUCACUUGGAACUCCUCCCAGAACUACAUCGCAUCCAGUCACACCAAGGCCAGCCCGGGUACCUUCUUUUGGUGCAAUGGCACCUUAAGCAACUGCAUGAACUCCUCUGACCCCGGGCCUUGCUUCGUGGUCAAUAGUUCCCCAACUAACCUUGUAUGGAGAGUCGGAGCUCGCCUGGUUGCUCCCUCCAUCCCGCUGCCGGACCCGCCGGGCCGCCUUUCCUCCCUGCCUCCCUGUCAUGUUAGGGGUGUGUAUCGCUACCUCCAUAGGCCUCACGCGGGGGCGGGGAGGGACACCUCGGGAACAGUCUGGUCAUGGCUCAGGACUUUAAUGACAAGCUCCAGUAAGCCCUGGAGUCCACUACUGCUUCUUUAGCCUCCCUACAGCGACAGAUAACGUCAAUAGCCCAAGUAGCCCUACAGAACCGGUGCGCUUUAGACCUUCUGAGUGCAGAAAGAGGAGGAACCCGCAUAUUCCUUCAGGAAGAAUGCUGCUACUACGUCAAUGAGUCUGGAGUAGUGGAGCAAAAUGUACAGACCCUGACUAAGCUGAGUGAAGAACUACAUGCAGGACACUUCCAGGACAACUCUACUUUCAGCUGGUUCCAAAGCCCCUUACCUACCUGGGUCCUACGCAUGGUAGGGCCCCUGAUUCUCAUCUGUGUCUUUUUUCUCCUAGCCCCCUACCUCCUCAAGUUCAUUCGCUCCCGGAUUGCGGAGAUGUCACGGGUGACUGUGAAUCAGCUCCUGCUUCAUCCCUACACUCGGCUCCCCUCAGCCUGCCUCUACCUGACCCUGGCCUUUAACCCCCCCCCUACCCCCCCACCCCGCCCCGACAUCCCUGGUCAACUGCAAGUAGCCAGAACGAGUCGGCGUCCCCUAUCACCAAAAGGCCAGGAUAUUAGGUCAGAGAGAGCCCAGGAUCAGAUACAUGCAGACAUGUGAUGAGACAAUGGACUUCCCCUGGAAUUUCUCACAGAUUAGCGAGCCAGACACAGAUACUGGCUUCUCCCUGAUGACCCCCACACAGAUACUGACUCCUUCCUGAGUUCCUUGCUGACCCCCUGCAGCUGAAACUUCCUCAGCUAAAUACCUCAGCUCAUGUUCCCACCCCUCACCCAACCACAGUAUAAAAAAAGCAUCCUCCUCACUGUUGGUGUGAAUCCACCUGCCCUGUCUUUGGGGUACGUGGGUCUCCCGGGGAAGCAGAAAUAAACAUUUCCUUUCCUUUCCUUCCCUUUUCUGAUUCACUCGACUCUUUACUUCUUACGCCACCUCCUGAGCCACCUAACCUAAUAGGAAGAUUAUAAGAGAGGGUUUCAUGUGCCAGCAAAAGUUACUGGCGAGCCAUGUUUGGCACGCCUGCCAGGGGUUGCCCACCCCUGCCCUAUACCCCUGGGAGAGGAGGUGUCUGCCAGUUCUCAGGGACUGAGUGUAUUGGGGAAACAAGGCAGAGAAGACCUCUUCACCUGGUUGGACCACACUGCUGCUUGAGGAAGUACUGGCUUCCCCAGGGAUUCCAGCUUCAGCCCUGCUUGUCUUGCCUAUGGUCCUUAUUUGCAUAUAAAUACUUGACUAUUUACACUUUCAUUCCUUACAUCAAGACCAGAGGUAGCUAUGAACUGACACAUUUGCAACACAUGUUUAAUUCGGUGGAAGAUGGCCUUGCUCUGGGGAGGUAUCAGGCGCUAGUUUCCCCACCUGUGUCAGAAUCAGUGUUCGACGUGUCAAUCCUCCUUAAGGAACCCGCGGAUUUACUCCGCUCCCUGUACAGGGUAAGAAGAAGACAAAGGUCAAGGCUGUGACUCUUGAAAGAUACAAUUAAACUAUUCAUUAUUUCCUCAUUUUAGAUAAGAAUUCUAAGUGUUCCCAAUUAUUUACAUUUUUAGUAACAGUUCCUGCUCCUGCACCUUCUGCUCCCCCUUCUUGCUUUUCUUCCUGCCAAAUACAUGCUUCAGCGGAAACGACCGCUGCCUCCCAAAACCAUGUUGCUAGAAAACAGAUGGGGAGACAUGAACUCUACGUUUCCCCUGCUUUGUCCCGCCACAGUACUUUGUCCUCCUCAAAUUUACCUCUAUAUCCAUGUCUGAAGAUGAUGGGAAUUUGCUGCUUGGAGGAAAAUACAUAGCAACAGUUAGUGAUUCAUGCCAUUCUCCAUGUCUCUCACACAUAUAGUUCUGGUCUUAUUCGGACUAAUUGGGUACUUGGGUCUAUAUUCCUGAGCAAAAUCGCCACACACCUGGGACCUUGAAAAUGAUUCCUAGCGUGCUGGGCUUCCAGUUCUCUGUGGCAGUUUAAAAUGGCCCUGCAAUGUC